AUGUCGGGCCAAACGCUCACGGACAGGAUCGCCGCGGCUCAGUACAGCGUGACAGGCUCCGCUGUGGCCAGAGCGGUCUGCAAAGCCACCACUCAUGAAGUGAUGGGCCCCAAGAAAAAGCACCUGGACUACUUGAUCCAGGCUACCAAUGAGACCAAUGUUAAUAUUCCUCAGAUGGCCGACACGCUCUUUGAGCGAGCAACAAACAGUAGCUGGGUGGUUGUAUUUAAAGCUUUAGUCACAACACAUCAUCUCAUGGUGCAUGGAAAUGAGAGAUUUAUUCAGUAUUUGGCCUCUAGAAAUACACUAUUCAAUCUCAGCAAUUUUUUGGACAAAAGUGGAUCCCAUGGUUAUGAUAUGUCUACCUUCAUAAGGCGCUAUAGUAGAUAUUUAAAUGAAAAGGCUUUCUCUUACAGACAGAUGGCAUUUGAUUUUGCCAGGGUGAAGAAAGGGGCUGAUGGUGUAAUGAGAACAAUGGUUCCAGAAAAGCUACUAAAGAGUAUGCCAAUACUGCAGGGACAAAUCGAUGCACUGCUUGAAUUUGAUGUGCAUCCAAAUGAGCUAACAAAUGGUGUCAUAAAUGCUGCAUUUAUGCUUCUUUUCAAAGAUCUUAUCAAACUUUUUGCUUGCUACAAUGAUGGAGUUAUUAACCUACUUGAAAAGUUUUUUGAAAUGAAGAAAGGACAAUGUAAAGAUGCUCUAGAAAUUUACAAACGAUUUCUAACUAGAAUGACGCGCGUGUCUGAAUUUCUCAAAGUUGCAGAGCAAGUUGGCAUUGAUAAAGGUGAUAUUCCUGACCUCACACAGGCUCCCAGCAGUCUCAUGGAGACCCUUGAACAGCAUCUAAAUACAUUAGAAGGAAAGAAACCUGGAAACAAAUCUGGUGCUCCCUCUCCAUUAAGUAAGUCUUCUCCAGCCACAACUGUUACGUCUCCUAAUUCUACACCAGCGAAAACUAUUGACACGUCCCCACCGGUUGAUUUAUUUGCAACUCCAUCCACGGCUGUCCCUGUCAGUACUUCUAAACCAUCCAGCGAUCUCCUGGACCUCCAGCCAGACUUUUCCUCUGGAGGGGCGGCGGCAGCCGCGGCGCCAGCACCAGCACCACCUUCAGGAGGAGCCACUGCAUGGGGAGACCUUUUGGGAGAGGACUCUCUGGCUACGCUUUCCUCUGCUCCCUCUGAAGCAAAGAUUUCAGAUCCAUUUGCCCCAGAACCCACCCCUCCUACUACAGCUGCUGAAAUUGCAACUGCUUCAGCUUCCGCCUCCACUACUACAACUGUCACCGCUGUCACUGCUGAAGUGGAUCUCUUCGGAGAUGCCUUUGCAGCUUCUCCCGGGGAGGCCCCUGCAGCAUCCGAAGGGGCCGCCGCAGCCACCCCAACCCCGGUAGCCGCGGCACUUGAUGCAUGUUCAGGAAAUGACCCCUUUGCCCCAUCCGAAGGUAGUGCAGAGGCUGCAUCCGAGCUGGACCUCUUUGCCAUGAAGCCACCCGAGACCAGUGUUCCUGUAGUUACCCCUACAGCUAGCACAGCCCCUCCGGUUCCUGCCACUGCUCCUUCUCCUGCUCCCGCCAUUGCAGCGGCCACCGCUGCCACUACCGCCGCUGCCACCGCCACCGCCGCCGCCACCGCCACCACCUCUGCCGCCACCGCCACCACCACCACCGCCGCCGCUCCUCCUGCUCUAGAUAUCUUUGGUGAUUUGUUUGAGGCCGCCCCUGAAGCCGCUGCAGCGCCCAAGCCGGAUGCUGCUCCUAGCAUAGACCUGUUCGGUACAGAUGCUUUCUCCUCUCCACCACCUGGGGCCUCUCCUGUGCCUGAGAGCUCUCUCACCGCCGACCUCUUAUCCGUGGAUACAUUUGCAUCACCGGCUCCUGCAACCACUGCCUCUCCAGCAAAGGUGGAUCCUUCAGGUGUGAUAGACCUUUUCGGGGAUGCAUUUGGAACUAGUGCUUCUGAACCCCAACCUGCACCUCAGGCUGCUUCUAGUUCGUCAGCAUCGGCAGACCUACUAGCUGGAUUUGGGGGUUCUUUCAUGGCCCCUUCUCCAUCACCAGUGACUCCAGCCCAGAACAACCUGCUACAGCCCAAUUUUGAGGCAGCUUUUGGAACAACGCCUUCAACUUCUAGCAGCAGCUCCUUUGAUCCAUCAGUGUUUGAUGGUCUAGGUGACCUUCUGAUGCCAACCAUGGCACCAACGGGGCAGCCUGCACCCAUCCCGAUGGUACCUCCUAGUCCUGCAAUGGCAGCAAGCAAACCCCUUGGGAGCGAUCUUGACUCAUCUCUUGCCAGCUUAGUAGGCAAUCUUGGGAUUUCUGGCACCACAUCCAAAAAGGGAGAUCUUCAGUGGAAUGCUGGAGAGAAAAAGUUGACCGGUGGUGCCAACUGGCAGCCAAAAGUGGCCCCAGCAACCUGGUCCGCAGGAGUUCCAUCCAGUGCGCCUUUGAAAGAUUGGGCAAUUUUCCACUGUCAAGGAGCUGUACCUCCAACCAGUUCAGUUCCUCCUGGUGCUGGGGCCCCAUCUGUUGGACAGCCAGGAGCAGGGUUUGGAAUGCCUCCGGCUGGGACGGGCAUGCCCAUGAUGCCGCAGCAGCCAGUCAUGUUUGCACAGCCCAUGAUGAGGCCACCCUUUGGAGCUGCAGCUGUACCCGGCACACAGCUUUCUCCAAGCCCUACACCUGCCACUCAGAGUCCCAAGAAACCUCCAGCAAAGGACCCAUUAGCGGAUCUUAACAUCAAGGAUUUCUUGUAA